AUGUCUGCUGGACCUCAUGUUCUCCCCCCUCUCCCUUGGGCUGAAGAUGCCUUGGAGCCCCACAUGUCUGCUGAGACUAUUCAGUACCACUAUGGCAAGCAUCAUGCUACUUAUGUCGCUAAUCUCAACAAGAUCUGCGAUGAGGAUGGUGAAGUUGCUAAGAUGUCCAUGGAGGAAAUUAUCAAGACUAAGAGUGGUGGAGUGUUCAACCAGGCUGCUCAGGCAUGGAACCACACUUUCUUCUGGAACAGUCUAUCUCCCAAUGGCGGUAACGCUCCCACUGGGAAGAUAGCUGAUCUUAUCAACAGAGAUUUCGGCAGCUUCGAGGAGUUUAAGAAGCAGUUCACCGCUGCUGCUGUUGGUCACUUCGGCAGUGGUUGGGCAUGGCUUGUUGCUGAUAAUGGCAAACUUAAAGUUGUUCAAGGUCAUGAUGCUGGUUGUCCUCUGAGGGAUGGUCAAACCCCAAUUAUCAACUGUGAUGUAUGGGAGCAUGCAUACUACAUUGACUACAGGAACGCUAGACCGAAAUACGUCGAGCACUUCUGGCAGAUCAUCAACUGGGACUUUGCCAACAAGAAUGUCACCGCGGCCGGCAUGUAA